AUGUCUAUCGCUACUUUGAGAACGUCCUAUUUGGCCGCCUCACUCGCUUCAGUUUCUAGGAGUAUGUUGAAACAACAGGUGCCUAUCAAGAGCCAAUAUGCUGCUACCAACUCGCCUCCACCUCCAGAAGGAUUUAUGCCUGGAGUUGCCAAUUCCAAAUUCAUCAGGAAUACACACCACGAGGCUCUUAGGAAUCCAGAGCUGGCUGGCGUCGCCAAUGGGGAAACCAAGAAAAUGAAUACGUUCCAGGCUAUUAAUGAUGCCAUGAGCAUUGCUUUGGCUACUGAUGACACUGCCUGCGUCUUUGGAGAAGAUGUGGCCUUUGGCGGUGUGUUCCGUUGCACCAUGGGCUUAGCAGAAAUGUUUGGCCGCGACAGGGUUUUUAAUACUCCUCUGUCUGAACAGGGUAUUGCUGGUUUUGGUAUCGGUAUGGCUGCUAUGGGUUCGACCGCCAUUGCUGAGAUCCAGUUUGCUGAUUAUAUCUUCCCUGCCUUUGACCAGUUGGUAAAUGAAGCUGCUAAGUAUCGCUACCGCUCUGGUGGAGAGUUCGACGUUGGUGGGUUGUGCAUCCGUACGCCCUGUGGUGCAGUUGGACACGGUGGUCAUUACCACUCUCAGAGCCCUGAAGCAUACUUUGCUCACACUCCUGGUCUUAAAGUUGUGAUCCCUCGCAGUCCCAUCCAGGCUAAGGGCUUACUUCUUGCAUCAGUCCGCGAUCGUAACCCUGUCAUUUUCAUGGAGCCCAAGAUCCUUUACCGUGCCGCAGUUGAAAUGGUUCCAGUAGGUGACUAUGAGCUACCAUUGGGCAAGGCAGAGAUUCUAACUCAGGGCAAGGACUUGACUGUUGUUGGAUGGGGAGCUCAGCUCUAUGUUCUUGAAAAUGCCAUCCAGCUUGCUCAGAAGAAGAUGCCAGGUCUGUCUGUUGAAUUGAUCGAUCUCCGUUCGAUUUUGCCAUGGGAUGUAGAGACUGUCUGCAACUCUGUUAACAAAACAGGACGUCUCCUAAUUGCUCACGAGGCUCCCAAGACACAAGGCUUUGCCGCCGAAAUCGCCACAACUGUUAUGGAGAGAUGCUUUUUGCGUCUGGAAGCCCCCAUUCAAAGACUCUGCUCCUAUGAUACUCCUUUCCCUUUAAUUUUCGAAAAGUUCCACGUCCCCGACAUGAUCCGUUGCGCCGAAGGCAUUGAACGUGCAAUGAAGUUUUAA